AUGGCUCUGAACCCCGAACAGUUGACCUUACGCGUUGACGAUGAACCCGGCAGCACCGAGGAAUUAUUGCAAGGUGAUGGAUAUCCAGAGUCGAGGCACAAGCACAAGCUCUCCUGGCCUUCGGACAAUCCCAUUCCAAUGUCCAAGAAACUUGGUCUCAAUUCCGGUGCUCCCAUUGAUAUUGAAGAGGCAAACAAACGAAGGGAAUUUGUCCUGACCUUGACGAAAGCACUUAUGACCUUUGGCUCACCAUCCCAUCGAAUAGAAUCACAGGUCAAGGCAGCUGCGACAAUUAUGAGCCUUGAGGCAGACUGCAUGUACCUUCCGAACAUGGCGAUUAUCUCCAUGCGACUAGGGGAACAUCUGGCCAUGCGGACGUUCUUCGUCCGGGCGCGAGGCCGAAUUGCGCUCACGUCCCUUCAGAAGGUCCACCAAAUCUAUCGAAAUGUGCUGCACGAGAACCUGCCCGCGAGUGCCGGAACACAGGCGCUUAAACGACUCCUCAGGGCGCCUCCAAUCUAUAGCCUUCCAGUGCGAUGCUUCUUGGCCUUUAUGAGCGCUUCUGCGAUCUGCGGUCUCUCCUUCGGCGGCUCCAUCCUGGAUAUGUGGAUCAGUGGCAUUUGCGCCUGCGCUUUGCAGUACCUGGGAUUGAAUGCUGCGAACAAGAGUGCGAUGUACGCGAAUGUCUACGAGAUAUCUGUGACGAUCAUCGUUGCGUUUGUUGCGAGAGGCCUGAGUAGCAUCCCCGGCGACGUGUUCUGCUACACGGCCAUUUCCUCGGCCGGAGUUGUGGUCAUAUUGCCAGGGUUCACAGUUCAGCUCAUGUCCCGCAACAUAUUCUGUGGCUCCGUUCGUAUUGUUUAUGCUGUUAUUUAUACUCUCUUCUUGGGAUUUGGCCUUACCAUUGGAUCGGAUCUGUAUCUAUUAGUGGACCCAAAGGCACGGAAUCUCUACUACCACAUAAAUAACGACGAGCACGGCAACAGCAAUAGUAACAGCAACGGCUCAGUGCCCAUGACAUAUCUUCAUGGAACCUUCACCAUGCUGAAUGGAACGAACCCGCUCACCCCUAUCGGCGGCGUUCUCGGCAUUCAUGAAGUGGCAACAAAGGGAUCUGAAAGGGUCAUCAAAGGUCGCGGAAUCCACUCUAUUCCAAAACGUUUCUAA